AUGGCAAUCAAAAAAUCUUCCCUAGAUCUCAACUCUCUCCCAGCCAGUUUUCUUAGAGUCUUAAAAGAAGAAGACAUUCGAAGAUGCACAAGAGUUUACAACGUUGAAGAACAAGAAGAAAUAAAACCCUUCAAGAGGCCAGCAGAAGUCGAAAUAAGCCCUGAGCCUUUAAAGAAAAUCCACUCAGCGAUUUCAGCUUGUUCUUAUGAUGUCCCUGACUUUGCAUCCAGAUGUCUUGAAGAUUUAAACGAAAUUUUUAGAGGAAAAAUCAUGCCUCCCCCUUCUCCUCCACCUGCAGACAUCCCUCAAGUCGAUUCGAUAAUAGAAAAACCAAUAGAAAACGAUGAAGAAGAGCCUGAAUGGCCUGAAAUAAAAAAUGAUCAAGAAUAUUUGCAUCCUUUAUUGCAGCUGGCAAUUGAGCUGGACAAGGCUACAAAGUUUUCGAUGGCUCAGAUGAAGAUUGUUGAGAAAUAUCAAGUGCCUUUCUUUCGUAACCAAGAUAAAAAUAACAAAAAAUUCGAAAAAAGGAGAGAUAGAGGGAGAUCUAAGAAUGCUUUCGAUAUAAGCGUGAUGCUAGCUGAGCUUCCAAAGGAAGAAAAAGCACUGAUAUUUAGGAAAUAUGUGAUUAAAAGGGUGAAUAUUGGAUAUUCACAGAGAAAAAUCGCAUAUGAACAGUAUAUUGAAAAUAUGACGAACCAAAAAAUAGAAAAGAAAGAAAUUGUAAGCGCCACUUAA